AUGAGGCUCUCAAUCUCUAAACCCGUACGGACAUGUACCAAACCACAUUGCCACACAAUCACCAACCCGAAAACCAAAAACACCCUCACCACAAAAGUAUUCGAAAUUCCAAAAAGAACCCUAACAAACCUCCCGAUUGACGCGAACCCAAAAUUAAAAACGAGCCCUUCUUUUCUCGACCAACUAUCUCACGACCACCCAACCCGAAUCAUCAACAAGCGGUGGAUGGACUACCAAGGUUCGAAAAAUUGGGAAGGCAUGCUCGACCCGCUCGACGACAACUUACGAUCUGAGAUCAUACGUUACGGCCACUUUGUCGAGGCCGCCUAUAGAUCGUGCGAUUUCGACCCCUCUUCCCCCUCAUACGCCACAUGUCGCUUUCCCAAGCGUAAGCUUCUUGAGGAGUCGGGUUUUCCCCACACGGGCUACCGAGUCACCAAGAACCUUGUAGCCACGUCUGGUAUAGAGCUUCCAGACUGGGCCCAGGCCCCAGUCUGGAUGGUUCGCAAAUCCGCCUGGAUAGGGUACGUGGCCGUGUGUCACGACCCAAGGGAAAUCUCGAGGCUCGGCAGACGGGACGUGGUCGUUGCUUUCCGAGGCACGGCCACGGGUCUCGAGUGGGUCGAAAAUCUCCGAGCAACCCUAUCACCUCUCCAUUUCAAUAACCCCCAAUCGGUGGAGAGCGGGUUCUUGAGUUUGUACACGUCGGGAUCAGAAAAAAACCGGCCGAGUUUGCGAGAACUGGUGAGGCAAGAAAUAUCUCGAGUCCUCCGAGUUUACGGGCAGGACGAGCGACUGAGCUUCACGAUCACGGGACACUCGCUAGGGGCGGCCCUCGCCACGCUGGCGGCCUACGACAUCAAGGAGACGUUCGGGAAGUCGCGGAUGGUGACCGUGGUAUCGUUCGCGGGCCCACGUGUAGGGAACCGGAGCUUCCGGUGCCAGCUGGACAGGCAGGGGACAAAAAUCCUGCGGAUCGUCAACAACGAUGACGUGGUGACCAAGGUGCCGGGAUUUGUGGGGGAGGGGUGGGUUCAGAAGCUGGUGGAGGACGCGCAGUGGGGGUAUGCUGACGUCGGAUGCGAGCUCAGGCUCAGCACCCGGGACUCACCCUACCUCAACGGUACGGAUCUGGCCACGUGUCACGAUCUCAAGACGUAUCUGCAUCUCGUGGACGGGUUUGUGGGCUCCAACUGCCCUUUCAGGGCCACGCCCAACAAAAUGAUGAUGACCAGAUCAACUAAUUAA